AUGAUUUAUAAUCUUGCUACUCCUGAACAACCUGGCUUUUCUUAUCUCUAUCUGUUUAAAGAAGAUUGGCGUCCAUCAAUGGCUGAUGAAUGCAAAGAAUCUCCAACUGUAAGAAGAGUUGUGGAGAUUGUUAUUCAGAAUCCAAAUCUUCACAAAGAGAUGCUUGCAGAUUAUAAAGUAAAAGCAAUACGUUUUGACGAAAUGAAAACUUUUACUAUUGAGAUUCCACCAUCUGAUGAUUGGGAGCCUAGUGGAGAUGAAUG